UUCAUGUUGCUCCGGAGCCAUCCAAAGCGCUGAAAGCUCUAGAGAAAUGGGUGCGCUCUCACGUGCGGCUCACGCGCUGUCCUUCCUCCUCCUCUCUCUUCUCUCCAUCACCGCGGAUGCUUCUUCUCUCUGCUCCAAGCAAGGUUCGUCAUUGGUGAGAAACAUAAGUGAAGCAACUCAAAGUGACUUUGGGAGAGGAGGCUUAGCUCAUAUCACUGUUGCAGGAGCUCUUUUACAUGGAAUGAAAGAGGUUGAGAUUUGGCUCCAGACAUUUGCACCAGGGACAAGGACACCAAUUCAUCGACAUUCAUGUGAAGAAGUUUUUGUGGUCUUAAAGGGUAAAGGUACUCUUUUACUCGGCUCGAGCUCUAUGAAGCAACCAGGAACACCACAAGAGUUUGGGAUUUAUGCAAAUAGCACAUUUUCUAUCCCUGUGAAUGAUCCUCAUCAGGUUUGGAACAGAGAUGAACAUGAGGACUUGCAAAUGCUGGUCGUAAUAUCCCGCCCACCAGUCAAAGCGUUCAUCUAUGAUGACUGGAAUGUGCCUCAUACUGCAGCCAAGUUGAAAUUUCCAUACUAUUGGGACGAGGAAUGUUACAAUGCGCCCAAGGACGAGCUCUGAUGCGCAUACUUAUGUAGAUUUUUGUGAUUGACAUUGGAAAAUUGUGUCGAAGUUGAUUGCCUUUAUGUAGAGCUUGCCUUUUACAUCUAAAUAUGCGAUAGUACUCUUUGACACCUUUUCCCCUUAAUUUUCUUCGGCAAUUUAGCUA